CUGCGGCGCAUCUUGACGGGUGUAUUUACGAGUAAAGUGUGCGGCGAGACCAGUCUGACACGUCUGGCUUUCGCUUUACAGUGACAACAAACCCAGAAAGGUCACACCUACCUUUCUCGCCACCAACUUUCUCACAGAACACCAGAGCCUCGGCGUCUUUUCCGGACUCUGCAUCAGCUCAGCAGGUGGAGGAUCACAGUUUAUUCCCACACGUCUCUAAAGGAGGAAAAUAGGUGAUCAACAUGCCUGCCAGCUUCUGUGGCACAUGGGACAUGAUCAGCAGUGCCAACAUUGAGGGCUACAUGAUUGCACUGGGUAUCAGCUUUUACCUCCGAAAGAUUGCUGCGAGGCUGAAGCUGAGGAAAGUGAUUGAGCAGCCGGGGGACCAGUACAUCAUCAAAACCACCAGCUCCUUCCGAAACUACACCGUCUCAUUCAAAGUGAACCAAGAGUUUGAGGAGUUCACGCAAGGACUGGACAACAGACUUGUCAAGUCGCUGGUGACGUGGGAGGGGAAUAAACUGGUGUGUGAACAGCAUGGGGAGAAGAAGAACCGAGGCUGGGCUCACUGGAUUGAAGACGACAAGCUUCAUCUGGAGAUGUACUGCGAAGGAGAAGUCUGCAAGCAGGUCUACAAAAAGAAUGUCAAUGAGUGAAGAGGAGUCAAAAGUUGUAUUCCUGCAGAAGCUGCUCUGUGGUCGAAGGCUUUAUGUGUUCAAUCUGCUACUGUAAAUCCUGAAAAGCACUGGUGAAGAUCAGUCUGUGGUAUUUUCUCUGUCAUGUGACCUUAGUACACAGGUCAGGAGGAAACGUGUGUGCUGUCGGGGUACAGAGUCACACCACUAGAUGGCAUCGCUGCAUUACUUUUUGUCAGAUACUGAUCUAUCUGCUUUGAAGUUUGUUGGCAGUGGCCUUAGAAAAACACUGAACAUGAAGGAUGUUUAUGUUUCCUCUCAGCUGGAUUUUUGUUUCCUUUAUAUCUCUAUUGUCUGCCAACAGAAACGUGGGAUAUCACAUGAAGGCUUGUGCUGUCCAUUUGACAUGUAUCUGAGCUUUUGUACAAUUCUCAUUCCAAAUAUAACAAAAAAGUUAGGUGCUGGAUAUUUGGAAUGUAAUUUUAGUAUAUGUCAAUUUUGUGUGAAUAAAAUGGGUCUGAAAUAAAUUUGAAGUAUACAAUA